CUAGACAGGGAUAAUGACCUCAGCUCUCGAGGUUAUAAAAAGUCCGUGCGUCUUUUUAAUAGAAUAAUCUAGUGGAAUAAACCUUAGCAUCAUAGUGCGGCUACUGGGCUGGUACAGCUGUCUUAAUCCCUUAACUGGGGAAAUGCACAUAUAAUUUAAUCGCCGUGCUGUAACUUCCAAGGUUAUUCUUAACGGCGACAACCUCAAUAAAUUAUUCUUUAUUUCUGUCGUCCACGAAGCCGUCCUAGCUUGAAUUUAAUCGGCGACUUUCCUCAUCAACGUCGUUACACUCCUUUGUAUUUGAAUAAUUCCCCUUUGUUCUUUGGACGUUAUUAUGAGUGCGAGCUGGACAUCGCCAACUUACAGCUAGCCCAUCAUGACGCUCCCCUUUAGGGACAUUAACGUCCACGUCGCCGUCGACUCGUACACCUUCACAUCCCCUUCUUCCCCUAAUGCGCCCGCCCUUAUCGUCGACCGACCUACCGGAGAUGUACGACUAAGCGAGGCUACUCACUUCCCAGGCAAGCGCGUAUCCCGCGUUUCUAGCAUACCUGGUAUUCUGGGCAUGAUCAGACUAAGACUUGACAAAUAUGUCAUUAUCAUCACUAAAGCCCAACCCGUUGGCCGCCUUAAAGGCCACAUGGUCUACAAGGUUGUCUCGACCGACUUCCUACCUAUGCGCGAGCGUCAGAUCCGCGAUCCCGAUGAGGACCAGUUCCUCUCCUUACUCAAAACCUAUAUCAUGAAAGGACCUAUGUACUUCUCCUAUUCAGUCGACCUCACAAACAGCUUCCAGCGACAAGCCUCGGCAGAUAUCUCGAGCCCUCUCUGGAUGCGAGCCGACGACCGCUUCUUCUGGAACAAGUUCGUCCAGACGGAUCUGAUCAACUUCCGAAAGUCAGGAAACCGAUCGCAGACCGGCCCGCAACCUGGUGCCGACCCUUACAUCCUACCACUGAUAUGGGGAACACUCGAGAUCCGACCAACCACAUUCAAGAGCACACCUCUAACCAUCGUCCUUAUUACCCGCAAGGGAAGAUACAGAGCCGGUACAAGAUACUUCACUCGAGGACUCGACGAAGAGGGACAUGCAGCGAACUACAACGAGACCGAGCAGAUUGUCGUCCUGAACGAUACAGGCCGCGGUCUAGGUGGAUAUGCUGGAAGCAGUGACAUGCAGAGUGGAAAGUACGGUAUUUCGCCGGGACAAGAGAUGCAAGUUUUAUCAUACGUCCAAACGCGAGGAAGCAUACCGGUAUACUGGGCUGAGAUCAAUGCGCUCAAAUAUACGCCUAAGUUGCAAGUUCGAGGCAUCGAAACAGCCAUCCCAGCCGCUAAGAAGCAUUUCGACGAGCAGAUUCGUAUUUACGGUGAUAACUACCUAGUAAACUUGGUCAACCAAGGUGGUCGUGAGAAGCGAAUGAAGGAAGCUUAUGAGCAGAUGGUUCAGAAGUUGGUUUCAGCACCGUCGGAGAAAGUUAAGGGCGAUAUAAUCACCGACGAGAAAUUCCACGUCAUUGAACCCAGCUCCUCAAAGCAGGAGUUUGAUCGUCUACAUUAUGUCUACUUUGAUUACCACCACGAAACAAAGGGCAUGCAGAUGCACAAGGCUAUGGCUCUCGUUGAGCAACUUCAUGAUGCCUUAAUAGCACAGCAGUACUUCCGCGGCGUAGACAUGCCAGCUAACGGCGGUCUGGAAACUAGAAAUUACCAGACCAGCGUGGUCCGAACGAACUGUAUGGAUUCUCUUGACCGUACCAACGUCGUUCAAAGCAUGUUAGCAAGAUGGACUUUAGACCGCAUGUUCACCGACCUCGGCCUCCUUCAACGAGGUGAGACUUUCGCUAUCGCCGACCCGAAGUUUGAAUUCCUCUUCCGAAACAUAUGGGCGGAUAAUGCGGAUACAGUAUCCAACUCCUACGCUGGCACCGGCGCUAUGAAGACGGAUAUCACCCGUCUAGGUACGCGUACAAAGGCAGGUAUCUGGAAAGACGGUAAUGUCGCCGUUAAACGAUACUACCUUAACAACUUCCGAGAUGGUCCCAGACAAGAUGCCUUCGACCUCUUCCUGGGCGCCUACGAGCCUGCCGCCGCUAACAUCGGCUCCGCACUCGUCUUCGCGGACCGCCGACCGAUACUCAUCCAGAGUAUCCCUUACAUCCUCGCGUUUAGCGUAUUCUUCGUUCUCGUGGGUCUGUUUACGAGACGACUUCCCGGUUCGACCGUUUGGACUAUUCGCCUUUUCAUCCUAUUCUGGUUGUUGGUGGCUGCUUGGUGUUUCAACUUUAUCAUCAACAAUGGAAUGCUUUACGUCAACUGGCCCAAACUAAACCCACGACCGUGGGCUACCGAAGGUUACCAAGACGCCAUUACCAACGUCCGAAAGGACGCCCUCCUCGGCCCAUUCGUGGCUCGUCAUGAACGCGGCCUCAGCACGGCCCGCUAUCUUAACGCAGAAGAGGGCAAGAAGAGGAUCGAGUAGAAAACGAUAGGGGAAAUGAAAAGUGACAGGGAAGAGGUUGAAAACGAAGGGUGUUUAUGUAAUUUUACUACUUUUGUCCCUUCUAUCGCGUCGGCCUUGCAUGUCC